ACACACCACACUGGAGCAGCUGUAAUAAGGAGCGUGGAAGUCUGACCUUGAGCGAAAAGAUAGAGGAGGAGGAAAACAAUGGCGUUCAAGCAACUCCUAGCACUGGCGUGCCUCGUGGCCAGCUCGUUGGCCUUCGUAUCCCCGAUGACGACUUUGCGGGCUCCUGCAACGACCUCCCCUCGAAGCACCGCCUCAGCUCGGGGUGGCGCAAUCAUGUCUUGCAGGGUGAACGCGAAGAAGGAGAAGAGGACGCGUAACCGACUUAACAUGCGCAAGUUCAACAAGAGGGGUACCUCCAGAAAGAAAAUCCUGCGCGUUGAGCGCCAGGAGCGCGCGGCGGAGGACGAGGCAGAGUUCCUCGCCAAGGUUUUCCACUCGGGCAUGGACGACUGGGAGGAGGUGGACAUCUUCAGCGAGUAGAGUUGUAAUGGGAUUUAUUUCCUACGUGUUUCGAACUGACUGUUGACUGACGAUGCCUUUUGUAUCUGAUGGUCUCGUCACACGUUUUUGGGUUUGUUGGUGGGGGGGGAUCGCUAGAGGGCACAAAUAUUUUGACGCGCGGAGGCGGCGACGAUUUGAUUGGUCGAUUGGAGGAGUUGAUUAUCUUGGUCGAUCGAUGUCAUGAUUCGUUCACCGGCGAUGCAAGGGGUGAUCGCGGGUCUGGGGUAGGGGGGGGGAUAACUGUCCUGGAACAGAGGGAGAGGCCUUCGAUUGGUGACCCUGUCUCAAGAAGCACUUCUGAGGGAGGGUGCACAUCUUACGGACGUUAUUUGGUCGUAGGCAGAAGCGGUUGAACAUGUAUCACCGCCAAUCGUCGAAGCGUUGCUUCGGUCUGAAAUAGGAAAGCCAUGCGGCAUUUGUUGGGACAUAGUCUAAGAUGUGAUUAUUCGUUGCUGUGUUGUUGCUACCGGUUGUAGAGGUGCGGGGCAUUGCACAGCAGUAGUAUUACCAGGCGACACUGAUGUGGAGCUCAUUUGGCAACAUGUUGGUCCUUGAUCACCCCUUUGUGGCUUUUUUAGCCCAUCAGGCAAACGAAGUCCCGCGCAGCCGGCGACUUUUCGCUUCCACCUUCAGCAGUGUAUAAGCGACCCCUCCUUCACGACUCUUGGUCGUGCGUUACGUGGGUCAUGCAUGAUGAGUGAUCUGCCUGUUGUCCCUGCCACCGAGUCGGGCGAAAAGAAACGACGGGUCUCACUUUGCACUUGUUUUUCCCGUCGGGAUUCGACGGGGGAAGGUUCAAAAGGCUCCCCGCUUAAUGGUGUGCACCUCUUAUGUGUGGAUGAUUAGACGUGGUUAUGCCCUCUUCUCUGACAUGCGGUGA